AUGGCUUGCGCUCUUCCCCUAGCUGAGGCCGGCGUCAGCCUCGAGCAGCAGGGGCACCGCCUCCUUGUGCGGGACCUGGGUGGCUGCGCCAUCCGAAACCGCGGCGGGGAGGCUUUGGCCUCGUUCCUGAAAUCCAACCAGCAGAUCCGUGCGUUGGAUCUCCGGGAGUCAAACAUCAGCGACAACGGUUUGGCACAGCUUUGCCUCGCUCUACGUCAGACAAAUCAACUGGAGGAGCUGCAAGCAAAUCCGGUGGGCCACACCGGGCUAGAGUUCUUGCUGGGCGUGGUGCAGCGGUGUAGCCGUUUGCACACUCUGACCAUAGAGGUUUGUGACGUGCCGACCCUCUUCUCGGGUCGGCAAAAUGUGUCCAGCGCGGACUACGACACCUCGGACUACGUCGUGAAGGAGGAGGAAGAGCUGGAGGAGGAGGAAGCGGAGGCCAAGCUUGCCAAGGAAGAGAGGCUGCGCAAAGCCUUUGCAGAGAACAAUUACGACUCUGGGGAUGAGUCAGUGCCCUCAGCACCCGUGGACAAUGAUGUCAGUAGCGCGCUCACGAAGCUACUCGACGACCUAGUGACAACUGUGAGGAGCAAGGGGAACCUGCUGGCUGUGGACUGUCGCGGGGCCGUGCCGAGCGACGUGCGCCUGGACAUCCACAGGGCUGCAGAGGAACAUCAAGUCUUGCAGCAGAGGAGAUUGGCGGAGCAGCAGGAGCGGGGAGCCCGCACAGGGACGGAUGUUCUUCAGGCGCAGAUGCGGGAGAUCGAGAGCCUCCUUGAGGGCCAGGUGCGACUCACGCAGGUUGCGGGGCAGGUAUGGAAAGCCAUGAGCUCGAAAGGGCUUCCGGCCUGUGGAUUCGCUGUGUACGUGGACAAAGUUGGUGAGCUGCCGCUGCUCAUCGAAAGGCGUGCCAAAGGCAAACGCGUGACGGUGAUCAGCGGAGUGAAGGGCAACGCCCGUGCACUGUGCACGGCUCUGACGAGUCUCCUCGGAGUCGGUGGCACCGUCCACGAAGGCCCCAAGGCCAGCGAUGUGGAGGUUCAGGGCGAGCAGACGCAGCGCGUGGCCCAGGCUCUGCAGCAGCUGGCGUGCGUUCGAGGUGCUAAAGCGCCGGUCGUGGAGCGGAGCUGCGGUUACGAUGAGUUCCUGCGAGAGGCAAGUCGCACAGAGCGCAAGGAGCGCAAGGAGCGCCGGAACGCAGGAAGCCUCCGUGAAGAGCCACCGGAGGAUGCUCCGUGUCGUGCUUGGCACGGCUAUUGGAUCUACUGCAACGGCCACUGCAGCCCUCCAAACGCGGAAGACGUCUGGGAGAGCCCUGCGAGCGCGAGCCCUGCGAGCCCUGCGACUGCGAGCGCUGCAAGCCCGCAGGUUGCGGCUCCGGCCGCUCAGGCCAAGGCGCUGGAUGCGGCGCUGGGGGCGCUGGGCCUCUUGGCGGCCGUGGGCGGCGCGGCCGAGUCCUUCCGUCGACAGGACACAGUUCAGAGGCACGAGCCCAAGGCAUCCUUAUGCGCGGGGCCUACACGGCCUGAGUCUGAGCCGCUGACCUGCGAGUGCGGCGCUACUUUCACCCUGCGUCGCACCCUGGAGCUGCACCGGCGUCAGCACAAGCGCGAAACGUGCGAAGCUCUUGAAGCUCCAUCCUGGCGCUUCGACUCGAUGAGCACAGCCCGCGAGGAAGCGCGCUGGCCGCAAACGGAGAUGGCCCAGAUGGCCCAGAUGGCCCAGGCUGAUGAAUUUCUGGAGCCGGAAGCAGCGGAAUACCUGGCCCCUUCCAGCUCUGGGUACACUUUAGCUUCAUUGCUCGAUGGAAAAGUGUCCAAAGUGUCUGUCCGAAGGCGCAAGCCCGGAAGGGCUUGCUCCUGCCCGGUCUGCGGCGCAGCUUUUGCAGAGCAUGCCUUGCCCUCGCACGUGGAGGAGUGUCUGGAGCGGGCCGAGGCCGAGGCCGAGCGCGAGAUGGAGUCCAUGGAGUUGCCCGAGGAGCUCUUGGAAUCCUUCCUUCAGCUGGACCUCGGCCCAGUCGCGUCAGAGGUCUUCUGGUGCACCUACGAGACUUCGCGAAAGCGCGGAGUCCACGCUGCGUUUCUGUCUGCCUUGGAGGAGGCGAUUUCUGUCGAGCCAGAGGCCUGGAUGACGUGUGAAUCCAUGACUUGCCCCGUGUCUUGCAGCUCGCUGGAGUCUUUGGAUGCCCGUGAAGCCGAAAGCGAAGCACACGCCGCACACAGAGCCGACCCCGUGCCGCGCGGCCGGUGGUGCCGGCCAGCGCCAGCGCCAGCGCCGCCUUCGUGCCAGCCCGAGCGAUCGGAGCUGCGCGCGCCAUCGGCGCGAUCGGAGUCGGAGCACCUCGAGCACCUCGAGCGAGAGACGGCGCAGGAGAAGAUCCAGAGGCUGAAGAGGGAAGCCAAGGCCACCAAGGCCCGUGCAAGUGGCAUGUGCGCCUGUGAAGAGUCUUGCCUCAGGUCGACCCACAUGGGCAUCCGGUCCUACAUUGGGCGCAGGCUUCAUGCUGCUUUGGGCGAGGCACUGUUUGAGUGCCAGCGCUUCAAGUCCAAGGGCAACAAGGAGAGCAAAGCGCUUGCCAAGCGCUGGCAACGCCUCAAGAUGAGAUAG